AUGGCUGAAGAAAAGGUUCAAAUGCGAAAGCAACUAGGUUUGCUUGAGGGAGUGGCCAUUAUUUUGGGAAUUAUUUUUGGAAGUGGAAUAUUUAUAUCUCCCAAAGAAGUUUUAGAAAAAACUGGUUCUGUUUGGGGUGCUUUGACAGUGUGGGCAGCGUGUGGUGUACUUGCAACUCUUGGUGCUAUGUCUUAUGCAGAAUUAGGUACGGCUCUUGCUCAGAGUGGUGGUGAUUAUCACUAUAUCAAUGAAGCAUUUGGACCAUUACCAGCUUUUUUAUAUUUGUGGGAUGCUAAUAUUGUCUUUGUGCCUAGUACCAAUGCCAUCAUGUCGGUAACAUUUGCUAACAAUCUUCUGGAACCUAUAUUUCCCAAUUGCCCAAUUGAUCCACUUUGUCAAAAAUUAAUAGCAGCAGUUACCAUAUGUUUACUAACAUUUAUCAAUGCAUAUGAUGUAAAAUUCACAACUCGUAUCCAAAAUGUAUUUAUGUUUACAAAAAUUGCGGCACUUUUCAUAAUUAUCCUUGGAGGUAUAGCGUGGAUGUGUCAAGGUAGGUUAGAACAUUUUGAAGAUGGCUGGGCAGGUACAAAAACCUCUGUUAGUGAUUGGUCUGUUGCAUUCUAUUCUGGAAUAUUCUCAUAUUCUGGCUGGAAUUACCUUAACUUUAUGACAGAAGAACUCCGAGACCCAUUUGUGAAUCUACCAAGGGCCAUCUACAUAUCUUUACCGCUGGUUACUGGAAUAUACCUUUUGGCUAAUAUUUCUUACUUUGCUGUUUUGGGACCGGUCGGAGUUAGGGCAACAGAGGCCAUUGCUGUUGAUUUCGCAGUAGUGGCUUUGGGGUGGCUAAAAUGGGCAAUGCCGACAUUGGUGGCUAUUGCUAUCCUCGGUGGCCUUUCCGUACAUAUCAUGACGUCAUCACGGAUGUGCUUCGCGGGAGCAAGAAAUGGGCAUAUGCCAGAGCUUUUGGCGCAUAUAAAUGUUAAAUGUAUGUCACCUAUGCCUUCACUCGUGUUUUUGAUGUUAAUAUCUCUAAUAAUGUUAAUACCGAGCAACCUGACGUCGCUUAUUACAUAUUGUACAGUCGUCGAGUCGUUCUUUACACUAUUGAGUUGUAGCGCAGUCCUCUGGCUUAGAUACAAGAAACCGGAAUUAGUCAGGCCUAUAAAGGUAUCUCUUUGGAUGCCGAUCAUAUUCGUAGCAGUCCUCCUAGUUUUGAUGAUAGUUCCUGUUGUGAGUGAGCCGGUUGCUGUAAUAGCUGGCGCUUUAAUCACGCUAGCUGGUGUACCUGUUUACUUGGUCCUUGUCCGUGGUCAACCCAAGUACUUGGCUAAUGUUUCAGUGAAAUUUACGCAUGGCUGUCAGAAAUUAUUCCUGACGGCAGUUGAAGACAAGGAUGAGUAA